AUGCAAGGCAGCAAGAAUACAAGUCUCACCAUCAAUAAAGCAUUUCUAUUCUUCUUCGCUAGUUCUUAUGUCUUAAGGAUAAUAUUCAGCUCUGUUUACUUCAAACAGCUGGGUCUGUCGUCCUCCCAAACUGGUAUCCUCCAAGGAGCUUCACCUAUAGCUAAAGCAUUCGGGGCUUUUAUCUUUGGUUAUAUUGCAGACAGAGCAAAUUUACGCAAAGUCAUUUUCUUGACAUCGGUGUUUGCAUGUGCUGCCACGCCGUUUUUACUGACAUUACCACAACCAAAAGAACAACAUUGCAUGCAUCAUUCUCCCAGGUUAUCGCAGCUAUCUAUACAAAUAUACAGUAAUGGCAAUAACACAAACCAGAGUUCUGAAAAUGGUCUGCCAUCGAAGACAGACCAACGUGAAAGAUCAAUGUCAAGGAAGAAGACAACCUCAUACUAUGCUCUAAAUCAUAACUCAUCUGUCUUAUCAUAUCGAAAGAAGUUUGAUUUUCYACUUCGAUUCCUGAAAAAUCACGAAAGGCAAACGACUAAAGAGACAGAAACUAUACAACGAAUCAAUGAAACCUACAAGGACAAGAAACAAGAAAAUGCACAUCUGAAUCCAUACAACUUAUACCCGCAUCAGUCAAAGUCAAAUAGACCAGCAGCACGCAUUUCUACAUCUCUCAGUUUAUUUGAUACAAAAUCAUUUUACAACKUGACAGUUGAUGGCGGUAUGGCGAGGCUAUGUGGUGCUUUUCUAUUAAUAAUUAUUGUAGGAGAUUUCAUUAGUGGGCCAGCUCUCAAUUUGUCGGACACCGCCAUUAUGCAUCUGCUCGAAAACGAAAAAGAGCAGUAUGGAAAGGUUCGCCUUUGGGGCGACAUUGGCCAGAUUGUACUUGUCCCUACAGUGGCUAUCUUCGUCUAUUUUCAAAAAAUUAAGAUCUGCGGUAUUUUGAUUGACAAUUAUUUGAUAUCUCUAUAUAUAAUGUCUGGAGGGAUGGUCGUAGCUUUUUUGGUCGGAUUGAAAGUGAAGAUGCCUUCUUCUAACCGGAUCACCGAGCGUACUUGCRAUGAAAAAGACAAAAUAACAACCCRAGAAUUUCUCAAAGAAUUUUUUUUACCUUUAGCUAACUGGAGUAUUCUGGURGAUGCUUUCUUUUUGGGGGUCUUUUUAAGCUCUAUCCAGACAUUCCUGUUUUGGACCAUGAUUGAUCUUGACCCAUCACAAGCAUCUCUUUCUGUUGGUGUAGCUAAUUUCUGUCGUAACUUCUUUUCUAUUUUAGCCUACUAUAUCUCCACAAUACUUCUUCAAACAAUUAGCGCUCGAAAUGUCAUCAAUMUGUCCAUUAGUACUUAUUUAGUAUCAUUUGCCAUCAUGGCAUUUUUUAGAAAUCCUUGGCUUGCUAUUCUUCCAGAGGUUCUCGUUUAUAUUGCAUUAGCUUUAUCAAUGGCUGCAUGUGUGAUGUAUGUUGGGGAAACUGCUCCUAACAGUUGGUCAGGAACUGCACAAGGAGUUCUUCAAUUUCUUUACGGUGGUGUUGGCCAGGGAGUGGGUCCUAUAGUGACUGGAGUCGUUAUGGAUUAUUUUGGUCAGACAUACACAUACCUCUUAUUUGCUGGACUAACUCUUCUUGUCUUGGUAUUUUCUCUGAUUGUACAACUAMUUUUAAAGCUWAAGUGAAAUAACCGUGACAACGAAGCAAGAACAGAAAAAAUAUAGUGUUCCCACUAUAUUACUUACAACUCAAAAGUCUGGGCUUACCUCAUAUAAAGUUUUCCUCCGGCCACUACUGUAAACUUGGCUAUUGAAAGAUCCUAUUCGUUUGAUGUACUAUUGUUGCAUUAUAGAACUAUUGUAUAUCCUAACACACUUCUAUGCAAAAUUCACAUGCACGAGAACAUUUUGUGAACGAAUCCGUCCGAAUCUGUUGAAUAACUGAUUUCUAAUGCUGGCAAAUAUUUCAGUAAUGAUAUAUCUGCUUAGCGAGCAAUAAAWUAAACAUGCA